AUGGCCGCGGCCCUUGCGCUGCCGCCGCCCGCCCGCGCUAUGGAGGAGCCGGCGGGCCCCGAGCGCGGGGCGCGGGGCGGCGGCGGCGCGGGGGGCCGGCUCCCGCCGUGCCUCAGCCCUGAGCGCGGCGGGCGGGCGGUGGGUGAGGGUGACGCCGCCGCUGCGGUGCUGCCGUGGGGGCCGCGGCCGGCGCUGCGCGGAGAGGCUCUGCGCGGGCGGCGCCGUGGGCCCGGCCGCCCUCCCCGCCCGCCCGCCGCCGCCGCCUCUCUGCGCGCCCUCACGCCGCCGCCCGCCGCUCGCCGUGGCCUAGGUGAGCUCUCCCGCAGCCUGGCCUGGCAGCUGGGCGGCCCCGGGCCAGCCGGGCAACGGGAGGAGGAGCCCGGCACCGAGCCCUUCCCGCCCGCCGGCCGGCAGUGCCUGCUGGAGGGCCGGCUGGUCGGCGAGGGCACGGCACCGUCGCCCCCCGCCCAGCCCGGCAGCACCGGCCUGAAGUUCGGGCUGUUGCCGCCGGAGCUGCACGCUCGCCUGCUGGACCAGGAGGACUACAAGAACCGCACACAAGCCGUGGAGGAGCUGAAGAGGGUGGUUGGAGGUGCCAGCCAGGUUGCGGUGGCCUCCACACCUGCCCCCAGCCUCCUGGGGCUCAUCAGCUUCCUCUACACCCUCCUCGAUGACUCCAACUUCAAGGUGGUGCUCGGAACAUUGGAGGUGAUACAUCUGCUGGCCCUGCGCCUGGGCGACCAGGUCCAGGCCUUCCUGGCGCCUCUGGUCUCAGCUGCUGCUAAAGUCCUGGGGGACAACAAGCUGGCCAUCCGGCAGGAGUACAACCGCCUGUUCCUGCGGCUGAUGAAGGCAGCGGGUCCUCAGCAGGUGCUGGACCUGCUGCUGCAGCAGGAGCACCUGCAGCACAAGAACUCCAAAGUCCGUGAGGAGGUGGUCAACAUCUGCAUCGUGGCCCUCCUCACUUACCCUAGCGAGGGGCUGGACCUGGCUAAGCUGGCGUUUGGGCUGGCUCCAGCACUGGUGGACAGCAAGCGCAGGGUCCGGCAUGCUGCCAUGGAGGCGUUUGCUGUGUUGGCAUCUUCCAUGGGCCCAGGCAAAACCACCCUUCUCUUCAAGGCGGUGGAUGCCGUGGAACUUGAGGACAACGGGGACGGGGUGAUGCAUGCAGUGCAGGCCAGGCUGGCCAGGAAGACCUUGCCGAAGCUCGUAGACCAAGGGUUUGUAGAGUACGCUGUGCCCUUGCCGUCAUCUGGUCAUAACAGGGGAUCCUGUUUACCCCCUGGAGCAGAUACAGACUGGUUGCUGAUGGGCAACAGAACUCAGAGCGCACACAGUUACUGUGGGUAUCACGCAAGGGAUGAUGCUCUGCAAAACUCCACCUCACCCGGUGCAUAUGCCGAUCAAGGAGUAAGUCCAAGACGAGUCUUGAGUGCGGGUAAAGGAAAAAACAAACUGCCUUGGGAAAAUGAGCAUGCCGGAGACAGGGAAGGUGGUUCAGGAGUCAAGAUGCCUUUCACAAAGAGUGCGGAGCAGUUCUCUACAUCCAGUGAUUUUCUUCAUUCUCCAAAGUUAAGGCCCUCUCAAGGAGUACCAGUCAGUGAUGAGUUAUUUUUUAGUAGAAGACGACCUUCAAGGAGUUUAUUUCAGAAUAGUAUAGAUUUUAACUCGGAGCAUUCUUCUGUUUGUGCUGGUGCUAUGGGCUCUCAUCAGCCGCAAAUUUCAGGGAAAUGUGGAACACUUGGAUACACACAGACACGUGGGAAGAGUGGUAGUGUGGGCUCUGAUUUACAAUUUUUAGGAUUAAAUAACUGUCAGCACGACAAAGUUUGUGCCAGCCUAAAUUUUUCCAGCAAGACCCAGAGAAGUUUUUGCAAUCAAGCAGAGCAUACAGUGUUCUUCCAAGGUCCUAACGCAAGCCAGGGCACCUUCAUUCUGCCGUCUUACCCUCUGUCAUCACCCAGGAACAGCCCAAAGCACGUCUCCUCUCCAGCUGACUCUUCAAAGAAGUCACAAGAUAAUACCGUGAGCUUCUCAAACUCCUGGCCUCUUAAAAGCUUUGAAGGACUGCCUAAGCCUAGCUCACAGAAGCAGCUUCUCAGUCAAAAGUCAGGAGACAAUACAGGGGAGAAUUUGCAGGAGAAACAUUCUCCUCUGCAGCUGAAACCCACCCUGGUGAGACGCCCAGCCUCCCGCAGGGGCCUGAAUGGGACCAGACCCGUCCCCCCCAUACCCCGCCUCGCUAGCCCGCUGCCCGAUAAGAUUGAAUUGAACGUCAAUUCAACGAGAAUUGAGAGAAACGAAGAGUGUGAGGAGAUGUGGCUGAAUGAAGUGGAUGGGAAGCUUGCAGCUGAUCUUUCAGAGCUGAAUGUUGAUGGCGAGGAAGUGGACCAAGAAGAGAUGCAGAAUUCACUUAGAUCUCUACGAAACAGUGCAGCUAAGAAGAGGGCAAAGCUAAGCGGCAACAUUUCAGAUCUGGAAAGUCCUGAUUCUGCUCUUAAACUUGAUCUCUCUGCGGACUCCCCCUCCCACGCUUCCUCGCCGAGCGUGGGUUCCUACAGUGAAAGUGGAGUUUACAGCCAGGAGUCUCUGACUUCACCUGUGUCCACAGUCCCCCAGAGAAAGAGAAUAACGUCAGACACCUUUCCACUACUUGUCAGUAAAUCACAGCCUGCAGGAAUAUCUUCAGCAAGAAAAACAGACCCAAAUGUGGCAGAACAGAACUUCAGCACAGGUCUUGCGGAGUCAACGUCUAGUUUUCCAGAGAUGAACAACCUAGAUUUCACUUCACCAAGUGUCCUGUCUGAAGAUGCAGUUGUAAUUGUUGGUAAAGGUGUUUUUGGAAGUCCUCCUUCUGCACGAACAUACAGCCAGUCCCUAACGUCUGCAGCGAAUGGAGACGACGAAGCUGUCAAAGAGGAGACUGAGCCAUCAUCAGGGAUCUGUGGGAGAAGCAUCCAGCAGAACAGUGCUUCUCAUCUCCGUGUUGAAAAUGAAAAAGAGAUAAAAGUUGCCAUGUCAAAAUCUGCCCAGGACAAGGUGAGGCGGAAGAAAAGAGAAGAAAAAGAACACAAUCAUAAAGAACAUCAGGAAGUCAAAGACCUUGAAGAAAAGGAAGAAAACCCUUGGGAAAGACUUAAACUGAAUGAACCAGAGAAAAUGACAACAGAAAAGUUAAAUCUCUGUGGGGAUAUAUUAACAUCGUCAGGAAAUGUAUCUUUGUCAUUAGAAAACAUGGCCUUGAAUCCUUCAUUAAAAAGAACAUCCAGUUUGAAGAAGACAAAAUGUUCACCCUUGCUAGAUACUGAUGAAGUUUCUUUUGGGGCACGAGGACGCUAUAAAGACAGGACCCCAUCGGUCACUCACAGCCCAGAAGUAAUGGACCCAUCAGAACUGCAGCCCUUUUCAAAACCAGAAACGGCACUGACAGAAGCCUUGACCUUUUUAGCUGAUGAUGACUGGGAGAAGAAAAUUGAAGGUCUGAACUUUGUUAGAUGUUUGUCUGCCUACCAUGCGACUAUUCUGACUGCAAAGCUACACGAAACAAGUUUGGCUGUGGCUCAAGAGGUCAAGAAUUUACGCUCAGGUGUUUCUCGAGCUGCUGUGGUCUGUUUAGGGGAUUUGUUCACCUACCUGAAAAAGAGCAUGGAUCAAGAACUAGAUAAUACAGUAAAAGUCCUUUUGCACAAAGCUGGUGAAUCCAACACAUUUAUAAGGGAAGAGGUAGACAAAGCACUGAAGGCUAUGGUUAAUAAUGUGACUCCAGCACGUGCACUUUGUUCUCUUAUAAAUGGAGGGCAAAGCCACCUGCAUUCAGCAGUGAGAAGAUGCACAGCCCAGCACCUGUCAGACAUUGUAGAACGUAUGGGACCGGAGCGGAUUCUGUCUGGAACCAAAGUUGUCGCUGAUCGGAUUUUCCCUGCAAUAGCCAGGUUUGCACAGGAUAGUUCACAACAAACAAGGUAUUACGGUCGAAAGAUGCUCUUCAGUAUGAUGACUCAUCCUGAUUUUGAUAAAACACUUGAAAAGUAUGUGCCGACCAAGGAUUUGCCUUACAUUAAGGAAUCUGUUAGCAAUCUACGUGAAAAGGGUUUGGGGGAGAUGCCGUUAGAUACACCGUCAGCAAAAGGAAGACGUUCCCAUACUAGUAGCGUUGGACAUUCGAGGUCAUCAUCUACUUCCAGAGAUGCUCUCAAUAUCACUGACAGAGAGACUACAGAAGCCCGCGAAAUCACAAGAAAAACAGCUCCUCGUAAUUCAUUAGAAAAUGAAGAAUACGUUAAAGACAUUAUAGGUUUAUUGAAUGCAAAAGACUUCCGUGAUCGAAUAAAUGGCAUUAAGCAGCUGUUGUUAGAUACAGAGAACAAUCAAGGCUUUGUUGUUGCAAACAUUGUGAAGAUCUUCGAUGCUUUCAAGUCUCGCUUACAUGACUCAAACAGUAAAGUAAAUCAGGUUGCUUUGGAGACAAUGCACAAGAUGAUUCCAUUGCUGAAAGACAAUUUAUCACCUGUGAUCAACAUGCUAAUUCCUGCCAUGGUAGACAACAACCUGAACUCCAAAAAUCCAGGGAUUUAUGCAGCUGCCACAAACGUUAUUCAGGCUCUAUGUCAACACGUAGACAACUAUUUGCUCCUCCAGCCAUUCUGCACAAAAGCCCAGUUUCUGAAUGGAAAAGCAAAACAAGAUAUGACAGAAAAGCUUGCUGAUCUUGUUAUGGAGUUAUACCCACGGAAGCCUUACGCGGUGGAGCAAAAAGUUCUAGCUGUCCUUUGGCACCUCCUGGGAAAUAUGACGAACAGCGGCUCUUUGCCUGGAGCCGGAGGAAAUAUCCGGACAGCCACAGCGAAAUUAUCAAAAGCACUUUUUGCACAGAUGGGUCAAAGUCUGCUAACUCACGCUGCAUCUCAGCCACCGCACAUCAAGAAAAGUUUAGAAGAAUUUCUGGAGAUAGCGACCUAAAAUAAGUCACUGUGCAUGCGUGAAACUCAAUCAGCCGACUGACUGGGACAGACGGACAGCAGUUUACAC